GGCAGAGUUCUGACUCCGAACCGCCCCGAACGGACCCGAGCACACCCGAGCGGCUCCCUUACUCCACCUGCUGCUGCGCGCGCGCCCCUUAGCGCACGAGCCUCGCUCCGGAGCGGUCCGAACGCAGAAAAGUCGCUUUUCUGUCCGCGAAUCGGUCGUGAACUGAAACGACAGGAGUUUCGUACACGGAUGAAGACAGUCGCUUCAGCGGAGACUUUGUGCGGAGGAAGCGCAGACAUGCGGCAGCUUCUGCUCAAACUAAGUGAGUAAAAACUUGACCGUUAACCCCCGCUAUACUCACCAUGAGUCUGUGGACCAACAACGGCUCCUUCCCGGACCUGUUCGCCGGCACGCAGACACCCAUGCCGGACACCAACUCCUCCAACCGGAGCAACACUUCCUCCCAGCAGCGGGACCCCCGCGCCGCCGCCCCGCUGGACCUGAGCCGGGCGGUGCCGGUGGGCAUGGUGCUGGCCUCCUUCAUCGCCUUCGCCAUCGCGGGGAACAUCCUCGUCAUCCUGUCGGUGGUCUGUAACCGACACCUGCGGAUCCCCACCAACUACUUCAUCAUCAACCUGGCCAUCGCGGACCUGCUGCUCAGCACCACCGUGCUGCCGGUGUCCGCCACCCUGGAGGUUCUGGACUACUGGGUUUUUGGUCGUAUCUUCUGCGACAUCUGGGCGGCGGUGGACGUGCUGUGCUGCACGGCGUCCAUCAUGUCUCUCUGCGCCAUCUCCAUCGACCGCUACAUCGGCGUUCGCUAUCCGCUGCAGUACCCCAUGAUUGUCACCAGGAGGCGUGCUCUGCUGGCCAUGCUGGGCGUCUGGAUCCUGUCCUUCGUCAUCUCCAUUGGGCCGCUGCUGGGCUGGAAGGAGCCUCCGUCACAGGAUGAAACCGUGUGCCUGAUCACCGAGGAGCCCUUCUACGCCCUCUUCUCCUCCCUGGGCUCCUUCUACAUCCCUCUCGCCGUCAUCCUGGCCAUGUACUGCCGCGUCUACGUGGUGGCCAAGCGCACCACCAAGAACCUGGAGGCCGGCAUGAUGACCGACCGCGCCGAGGACUCCAACGAGCUCACGCUGAGGAUCCACUGCAGAAACCAGCAGAUCCAGGACCUGUGCACGUCCUCCGGGCAGGGAGGGGGCGGGGCCUCGUCCGGCCGCAGCGCUCUGACCGUCAAGCUGCUGAAGUUCUCGCGGGAGAAGAAGGCUGCCAAGACGCUGGGCGUGGUGGUGGGGAUGUUCAUCCUUUGCUGGCUGCCGUUCUUCCUGGUUCUGCCCAUCGGCUCGUUCAACAGCAGCCUCCGUCCGCCUGAAACGCUCUUCAAGGUCAUCUUCUGGCUGGGUUAUUUCAACAGCUGCCUGAACCCCAUCAUCUACCCGUGCUACAGCCGCGAGUUCAAACAGGCCUUCAUCCGGAUCCUGCGCUGCCGCUGGAAGACCCGCCGUCCGGGCUGGCAGGCGUACUGCAACUACCGCGGCCCACAAGGCUCCAACAACUCCUCCUUCCUGAACGGCAGCCAGCAGACGCUGUCCUCCGUCAGCGCCAGCCCCCGCUGCUCCACCUCCAAACUCCACCCACCGCCGUGGCCCUCCUCCCAGAGACAACCCCUCCCAGGAAGAGGAGGGCAGGGCCUGCAGUCGCUACGAGCUCAUGAAGCCGGAACGCGCAGAGUUAACAGUUUGAGCCUGAGCUCAUAGGAUCCCAGACAUGACAGCCUGGUCAGGCGGCCACGCCCCCAAACCCCACGCUCCCACUGCCGGCUGAUUGACCUCAAUGACACUCCUGUGGAGCAGGUGGACCCCCCCGAGCUGACGAUGAAGAACUGAAGCCUCAAACGAACUGAAAGAGAUUCAAAGCUCUGCUGGAAAAACGUCUUUGUUCGAUUUCACUGUAAUUUCCAAGAAAACAAAAGUAUUUAUUUGUUUUUAUCUGUAGAACAGCUAUGAAACUUUCUAAUGAAAUAUUCUAAACUUUGUUCCACUUCUCUUAAGGUGUUAUAAGUUAUGAUUGGAACCAAAAAAAACAAACUUUUUUGUAUUGAAACUGGGGUUUAUGGUAAAUGUGCACAGUAACUGUAUUCAGUAGUUCUAUCUGUAGAUUUUCAUCAUUUCUCAUGUUUUUACUCAGAUCUUCAGCGGAACAAGAACAUGAAGCUUCUUCCUCAACCUUUGACUGGAAAAACAGACUUCAGGCUUUUGGAAGAACUGCUCAGUUACUGUGUCAGCCUUUUUCUCCUCAGCUCUUAAACGAUGUUUGAACACACAACAAGAUUUAACGUCAAGAAAUGUUUUAAUUCUCUAAUGUACACACGGCUUAUUUGAGCUUCAGAAAUCUAGAAUAUGUUUUUUUAAAACUUAACAUUGAAAAGGUUAAAAGGUUAACAAUUAGAUCAUUUCCAGGUCUUUUUUUACUUUAAAAUGACAAUAAAAUCCAGUUUGAACAGUCCAGACUUUUAUAAGAACAUUUUCUCUCACGUCGGCUCUGGUCUCUUAUGAUACAGUCGAUCAGAAAUGUUUAAAAGCUUCUUCUUCAUCCAAAAUGUUUUUUUUUUUUCUCUUAAACUUUGGUUUUCACAAAGCAGCUCCUCCUAACUCCGAUUCUGCUAAGUGAGAUGAACUCUCUGAUGUUUUCUGAAUUGAUUUGAUGAUGAAUGUUUUUGGAACUGUUUUCUGAUCUAUGAUGUUUAUAAAUCACCUAAAAUGGU